UAAAGGUGCUCCUCGCUCUCCAUCUGAGCAGAACCUACAGUAUUUACCUGUGAUUCACUCUACAACAAACUAUCACCAUGGCGAUGAUGACCAUUCUUCUGCUUCUCAGCGCUGCCUUGGCUUUGGGCAAUGCAAAGGCUAAGGGGGUGGAGGAGCUGCAGGAGUUGCAGGGGGAAGAGCAGGAGGUGCAGGAGGAGGAGCAGAAGGUCCAAGAGGAGGUGGGGGUAGAGAGCAGGAGCUUGUGUCCCUCGGGCUGGACCAAAUACGGAUCCCGCUGUUUGAUGUUUGUUAAUGGCCCCAGCACAUGGAUUGAGGCAGAGCGGUACUGUGUGCACUUCGGAGCGAACCUGGCAUCAGUUCAGAACUCCCAGGAGUAUCAUUUUCUGCAGGAGCUGGUUAGGAGCCAUACCAACGGGUUCACAAGCACCUGGAUCGGAGGCUCUGAUGCCGUCUAUAACACAAUAUGGCUUUGGAGCGACGGGUCCAGGUUUGAUUACCACGGCUGGAACCCAGGAGAGCCUAGCAACAGCAACAAAGAGAGAUGCCUAGAGAUGAACUAUGGCGUACAUAAGCGCUGGAACAACAAACCCUGUCACUACACACUACCCUCCAUCUGCUCUAAAAGACUAUGCUAGAUGAACCUCAUGUUUGUUACUUCAUAUAUUACUGCAUAGAUUACUUUAAUCAGGUUUUAAUUAAUAUACUUUUUGUAUACUUGUGGUAUAUAAAUAAAGUUUGAUUUCAUUUGA